CGGAUUUCGACCAUGUCGCGGUCGCAGGAAUCCAUUGACGCAUCCGACGAAUCGACCGCACCGGGGUGGACGGCGCCAGUUUUGAAUCCUUCGCGUUGUCCACAACGCGAAAGACUAUGCCUUCCAUGCCCACCUACGAGCCCAUGAUUCAUGUCCACGUCAACCUGCACGUCAAGAACCAGCAGUCCACGACCGACGACGUGGACAACUACGUGAUCCAGUGGCGUGGCGGCGACUUGGGGCUGGCCCUGGUCUCCGAACCCGUCUGUGUCAGCCGAGUGACUGGCAAGGGGUCGCCCAAGGGACUCGAGCACGCCCGUCCGGGCGAUGUUUUGCUCUCGAUCAACGGCGUCGCCACCAAACAUCUGACCAAAGAUGCCGUCACCCACAUUCUCCUACAUUGUGCCCUCCCCGCGACAUUGCACUUUGCCCGCCCCGACUACGACGACUUUUGGACGUACCCCCGCCGCACCAGCAUGCCAUCGUUGUCUCCGUUCGCACAUGGCGAUGCGCCACCGCGGCCCCGACGCCUGUCGUUCACCCCCCCACAUGGCUACGACGCCAGCAUGACACCCACCAGUCCUCGCAACUCGAACGGUCCCGUCAAGUCGCUGCUUGCGCCCAAACCAGCCACGGAACGCAUUGCAUCCAGUCGCGGCCCGCGCCACUCGGCGCUGUUUUAAGGUAUAGUCGUAUUUAGUGCCGAAUAUAUAUGAUGUACGCGCAUCUGUUUUCCAUCAUCGUG